AUGCAGGCACCUAUACAACAGAUGAUGGCGCCAACCUUGCACAUGCCUAGACUAACGGUUGGUGCCACCGCUUUGAUAUUGGGAAAAAUGCGGGAACUAGAGGAAAGAUUGCUAAGGGCUGAGGCCGGCACUCUACCGCCAACACAAAAUCUACUCUUUGCAGCACGACCAGGUCCAUUCACCACCAGAAUUUUACAAACCGUCAGACCCACAUAUGCCAAGACACCUAAGAUAGCUCAAUUUGGCGGAUCAACAGACCCAUUUGUGCACAUGGACACUUUCAAGAAGGUAACCAAUAAUAAGGGAUUUGAUGAUGCAACACUUUGUCACCUAUUCAGCGAAACGUUGGAUGGCGAGGAAAUGAGUUGGCUUUUCGAAUGCCCACCAGGUUCUAUGGACUCGUUCUCAGCUCUGUCAAAUGCAUUUCUGUCAAGGUUCAUCCUCAUGACGGACGGUUACCACAACUCCAGUCAGUUAUUCAGCAUCAACCAAGGUGUGGAUGAAACGUUAAAGUCAUUUGUCACAAGGUGGAGAACCGCCACAUCAAGAUGUCGGGAUCUUGAUAAAACAAUGGCGCUGGCGGCUUUCAAGCAGGGACUCCACAAGGCAAGCUUUCUAUAUCACCUCAACUGCAAUUUUCCAAACACCACAUAUGACUACGUCAUGAAAGAGGCAGUCCUACAUGCCCAAGCAGAAUACAAUACUUAUGGCGCCACACCACCACCACCAAACACUCCACUCAAAAACCCCCAACCCGCCACAUUCCAGCCAGGAAACACUACCACCACUCCAAACAUGACCACACCACCCAAUGACAAGAAAAGGGAAUGA